AGUGACCCGGAACUGAGUCGGGCCUUAGCUUUCCGAGACGAUGGGCUGCGGAUCGCUAGGGAAACAAGAAGCGAUCACUGAUAGUUGUCUCGCCUUCACUGAACGCUCUGGGCGUUUUCCAGAGGAGAUAAAAAAAAAAAAAAUAGGAAGUGACGUCUGGGCCCGAAACGGGCGGGGUUCGGGACGGAUCUGCAGCUAGGCCAGGCCGGAGCCGCUCUCCCGCUGCGCUCCGGGUAGACGUACCACCCGCCGGACCGGCCCCUAUCUCUGGAUCCGCUCGCCGCGCGGAAGCAGGAGCGGGUGUCACCCCGCGGCCAUAGAGCGGGAACGCCUGCCGGGACACCUGUCGCCUGUGAGACGCCUUUCGUUUUUUUAUAGCACCUUUUCUCCCUCGAAGGACAAUUUCAAGAGUUAAGAAGAACCAGGAGCCCCUGCGAUUAGCUUCCACUGGGGGUUGUGCCCACUGCAUGCAUUAUACACUCCCUUCCUGGGAGCCUGCCUGGCGAGCCUUCCCACCCUUUCUCUCUUAACUCUUUCUCAUCAUCUCUGUCAUUUCGUCUUUUCCUCCCCUGUGCUUCAAGUUUUGGCGUAUCAACAGUCUUUGCUCCUCUCUGUAAUCGAGUCUAGAUAACCUCUUCAUUUCCUGAUCUCCCGUCAAAAACUGACAUUUUAAUAUCCCAAUUCCAGGAAAAUACUGGAUAAUGCCCUUGGGGAAAAAAAGAAGAAAUCAUGAAGAAAUGUUUUAAUUACUAAAACCAUGGCUACAUCUGCAAAUCUGGACAUUGGGGCCCAGCUGAUUGUGGAAGAGUGUCCCAGCAGCUAUAGUCUCUCUGGGAUGCCAGACAUCAAAAUAGAGCACCAACUGGACCCAAACUCAGAUGAAGGAUCAGCUCAGGGCGUCGCCAUGGGAAUGAAAUUCAUAUUGCCAAACCGAUUUGAUAUGAACGUGUGUUCUAGAUUUGUGAAGUCCUUAAAUGAAGAGGAUAGUAAAAACAUUCAAGAUCAAGUUAACUCUGACCUGGAGGUGGCAUCUGUCUUAUUUAAAGCUGAGUGCAAUAUCCAUACAUCCCCUUCUCCUGGAGUUCAAGUAAGGCAUGUCUACACGCCCUCUACAACAAAACACUUCUCACCCAUCAAACAGUCAACGACUUUAACCAACAAGCACAGGGGAAACGAGGUGUCUACCACACCCCUGUUAGCAAAUUCUCUGUCUGUUCACCAGUUGGCAGCUCAGGGAGAGAUGCUCUACCUGGCUACUCGGAUUGAACAAGAAAAUGUUAUCAAUCACAUGGAUGAAGAAGGCUUUACUCCCCUGAUGUGGGCUGCGGCACAUGGGCAAAUAGCUGUGGUAGAGCUCCUACUUCAGAACGGUGCAGAUCCACAGCUUCUAGGGAAAGGUCGGGAGAGUGCCCUGUCGUUGGCCUGUAGCAAGGGCUACACAGACAUUGUCAAAAUGCUGCUUGACUGCGGAGUGGACGUAAAUGAGUAUGACUGGAACGGAGGGACGCCUUUGCUUUACGCUGUCCACGGGAACCACGUGAAGUGCGUGAAGAUGCUGUUAGAAAAUGGAGCUGACCCAACAAUUGAAACAGACUCUGGCUAUAAUUCUAUGGACCUAGCUGUAGCUUUGGGAUACAGAGGUGUUCAACAGGCCAUUGAGUCACAUCUGCUGAAGCUACUUCAAAAUAUCAAGGAGUGAUGAACCCUCAGAAAAUGCCAUCUGCCCUUCUCCUUACUCCUUGGUCCUUAAAUGAUAGUUUCGUUUACAUGUAAAUUUUUAUAGUUUUGCUUGAGUGUAAAUUUUUAUCUCAGUUGCAAUAUUUGCUGGUUUUUAUUGAGUUUUAAUAAAUAUUCCUCUGGAUAAUUCACUUGUUUAUAAUAAAAUUAAUCCUGAUGGUUUUUUAAAUAAAUGUGUUUUACUAUAUAUUAAAAUUAUUAAUUAAUGUUUUAUGGCAUGUAGCCUUUUAUGGUACAAGUGGUUAUGUGUCUUUGUAUCAAGUACCACAAUUUGACACUUUAAGAAAAUUCCACCUUGUUUGUCUUCACCCUUGUAUUAACUCUUUGACUUUGCACAGGGCUUUCUGUAAGUCUGUGGGGAAAGUAAUGUUCUUGUUGAAUUAAAAAGUGCACAGUGUGAUGGUUUACAAAAUCAUGUUAAAAUAAAAUACUUUGUUUCCAUUCUA